CACCUCUCCUACGCAGCUAUAGCUAGCACCCAACAACAACAGCAACAACAACUUCCACUGCAAAACCCACCACCACAAAAAGGAAGGAGGAGGAGGAGCAGAGGGAAAGCAAAGUGUCUGUGUCUGUCACCGGCGGCAUCAGCUGACUCUGAGACAGUGAGGAGUCAGCCAUGGGGAGGUCGCCGUGCUGCGAGAAGGCGCACACCAACAAGGGCGCGUGGACCAAGGAGGAGGACGACCGGCUCACCGCCUACAUCAAGGCCCAUGGCGAGGGCUGCUGGCGCUCUCUGCCCAAGGCUGCGGGACUCCUGCGGUGCGGCAAGAGCUGCCGCCUCCGGUGGAUCAACUACCUGCGGCCCGACCUCAAGCGCGGCAACUUCAGCGAGGAGGAGGACGAGCUCAUCAUCAAGCUCCACAGCCUGCUAGGCAACAAAUGGUCCCUGAUCGCCGGGAGACUGCCGGGGAGGACGGACAACGAGAUCAAGAACUACUGGAACACGCACAUCAGGCGGAAGCUGAUGAGCCGGGGGAUAGACCCGGUGACUCACCGGUCGAUCAACGAGCAGCACGGGUCCAACAUAACCAUAUCGUUCGAGGCGGCGGCCGCAGCUGCGAGAGAGGACAACAAGAGCGCCGUGUUCCGGCGAGACGAGCCCAAGAUGUCCCCGGCGGCGAUCACCCACCAGAUGGAGUGGGGCCAGGGGAAGCCGCUCAAGUGCCCUGACCUGAACCUGGACCUCUGCAUCAGCCCCCCGAUCCAAGAGGAGAAGCCCGUGGUGAAGCGUGAGGCUGGCGUCGGCGUCUGCUUCAGCUGCAGCCUGGGCGGCCUGCCCAAGAGCACCGACUGCAAGUGCAGCAGCUUCCUCGGCUUCAGGACCGCCAUGCUCGACUUCAGAAGCCUGGAGAUGAAAUGAGCUUCCUUCUUCCUCCUCCUUUGUUCUGUGACUUGGAUGUUGGUUUAGCCUGUAGGUGAAAAUAGUUGAGUGAAAAGAGAGACAAGAAAGGGCGAGAGGAGGAGGAUCUUGUGCGCCAAGAUCUUACUGCUCGAUCCCCUGCUCUAUCUUGUCGCUCCAUUUUGUUCGUCCCCGUGUAAUUACCGUUGACUAAUCAUGAGUAAUUCUACCUGGUGCCGCUAGGUUACUGUA